UUGUCUGUUCCAAGGCGGUACACUAUUGAUUACCUGCAUGUUUAAAGGCAGAACACUAACGAAUCCCUGUCUGUUCCAAGGUGGCACACUAAUGAAUUCUUGUCUGUUCCAAGGCGGUACACUACUGAUUACCUGCAUGUUUAAAGGCAGAACACUAACGAAUCCCUGUCUGUUCCAAGGUGGCACACUAAUGAAUCCCUGUCUGUUCCAAGGCGGCACACUAAUGAAUCCCUGUCUGUUCCAAGGAGGCACUCUAAUGAAUCCCUGUCUGUUCCAAGGAGGCACACUAAUGAAUCCCUGCCUGUUCCAAGGAGGCACUCUAAUUAAUCCCUGCCUGUUCCAAGACGGUACACUAAUGAUUCCCUGCCUGUUCUAAGGCGGUACACUAAUGAAUCCCUGUCUGUUCCAAGGCGGCACACUAAUGAAACCUUUCUGUUCCAUGGCGGCACACUAAUGAAACCUUUCUGUUCCAAGGUUGCACACUAAUGAAACCUUUCUGUUCCAAGGCGGCACACUAAUGAAACCUUUAUGUUCCAUGGCGGCACACUAAUGAAUCCUUGUCUGUUCCAAGGCGGCACACUAUUGAUUCCCUGCAUGUUUAAAGGCAGAACACUAAUGAAUCCCUGCCGGUUCCAAGGCAGAAGGAGCAGUCGUGUAUCCAGAACUGAUGGAAGAAAAUGUCAACUGCAGACUCUAUCAUAAGAAAGCUAGGUCUACGGGAUCACCCCGAGGGUGGUUAUAUCCUGGAGACUCACCGUUCUGGCAGUUCAGCUGUGACAUCUGGAUACACAGACGUCAAUGUGCAGUCGUCGUUAAAACUGCUGGUCACAGGAUGGAUCGAUCUCAACACAACCGGAAGUGAGUCAUAUGAGUCGUUGACGAUAGUACCAGGCCGCCAGGAGCGCCAUCCUGAUGGCGACGCUCGACGGAACUGCAUUACUUCGAUCAUUUGGAUGCAAACCGACAGACACCGAUAUAUGAAAUUGGCAAAGAACCUGUCAGAUAAUGUCAGCUAUUAUCAUUGCGGAAAUGCCUUUCAGUUUAACCUUUACGACCCAACCACGCACACCCUUCAUCGUGAAACAUUGGGUCCGGAUUUCGACGCUGGACAGAGGCUACAAGUGGUUUGUCCAAGGGGGUGGUGGAAGUGUGGACAAAUGCUGACUAGUGAUACUUGUGACUACAGUCUCCUAGUGGAGGCCAUGGGGCCUGGCUUUGACUGGCAUGACUUUUCGUGGAUCACGGAAGACGACAUUCAAACUAUUGAUAACAAAGACGUGCGAGUACUUUUAGACGGGUUUGUGAAUAUAUAAUUUUACAGUUGGAUCUCAGUUUAACCCUUGAUUGUAAAUCCGCUCAACUAACAAAUGUAGUUUAUUAUUAUUAUCUUGGAAUCCUUUGUGUGUAUAUUUUCG